AUGCUCAGGGACCAGUCCAGUGCUGCCCCUCCUCUAGUGCUGGGUUCAGACCUUGCGUACAGGGCAUACUUGGACAAUCUCAAAAAGGAGAGAAAAAUGGCUAUGAUGGUUCCACAGACCCAUUCUUGGAUCUUCAUCAAUGAGAAGAACUUCAUUACCAGUGAACAGCUUAAUUCUUUACUACAGACCUACAACAUUUUUUAUGGGGACCAGAAAAACCUGCAUAUUUUAUGCACACAGACCGGGGAUGGUCAACUAAUUGUUGAAGGAAUGUUGGACAUUUUCUGGGGAGUAAGACGGCCAAUACAGCUGAAAAUACAAGAUGAGAAGCAAAUCCCUUCAUACACACCAAUGAAGUCACCAGACAUCUUUUCCCACAGAGGGGGAAUGACACGCUGGGGAGAAUUCGAUGAUCUUUAUCAUAUAAGCAAUCUAGAAAGAAAUGAGAUUCCUGUGCCUGAAGCAAAGAACUUCAAAGAAGAUUAUUUAUUUUGUCACAGCAGCACCCUGAAGCUUCACACAGAUGAAGAACCAGAAUCCCCACUACUCUAUAGAACCAUGAGUGAAGCAGCCUUAGUUAGAAAAAGGAUGAGCCCUCAUACGAUGGACAAAAAAGACAGACACAGCCAUAGAGCCUCUAUUAAUGGACAUUUCUACAACUAUGAGACAUCAAUUUUUACUCCAGCCUUUGAAUCAGAAACUAAAGUCAGAGUAAACAGUAACAUGAGAACUGAAGAAGUAAUAAAGCAACUUCUCAAAAAAUUCAAGAUUGAAAAUAAUCCUCAGGAUUUUGCCCUUUACCUUGUGUUUUCAACAGGAGAGCAGAAACGACUCAAGAAGACAGACAUUCCCCUACUGCAGAGGCUCCUACAGGGACCUUCCACAAAGCAUGCACGCAUUUUUCUUAUGAAUAAAGAUGAGGAAGAAAUUAGCAGUGAUGUGGCUCAGUACAUUAACUUUCAGUUUUGUUUCCUGGAAACCAUUCUUCAAAGAUUAAAUGAAGAAGAGAAAAGAGAGAUACAAAGAAUAAUAAAUAAAUUCAGGACAGAAAAGGCCAUUAUACUGAAACAUAUUCAAAGUAAGCGAGUAGUAAAAACAGAGACGACAGUUUAG